CCGCCGCGCCGUGCCUAACCAACCGGAAGCGCGGAAUGAUUUCUCCACGGCAAGCAAGGGCGGAUAAAAAAAGGAGGGGAGAAAAAAGCAUCAAAGAGUCGCUUAUUAGAUGAUUAUACUUUCGCCUAACGGGAUUUCACAAAAGAAGGGGCGAGAGCCUUUAAAUCUCGCAUUGACUGAUCACACAUUUAAUCACUGUAGGAUUAUUCUUUUGGAUAUGGGAUCUACCUUCAGGGUCCCCACCUGCUGGGCACCGUAAUGGUGCUCUCUUCCAUAGCUGAGCCCCUCGCUGCCCUCUGAAGGAGCAGGAUGACAAGAUGGCGCAGCUGCUUGUACCGCCCGGACCAGACAGCUUCCGCCCCUUCGUCCCCGAGUCGCUGGCCGCCAUCGAGAGGCGCAUCGCCGAGGAGGAGGCCCGGCGACCCCGGGCGGAGCGCCGCAGCGACGACGAUGACGAAAACGGGCCCAAGCCCAACAGCGACCUGGAGGCGGGGAAGUCCCUGCCCUUCAUCUACGGGGACAUCCCGCCAGGCCUGGUGUCAACCCCUCUGGAGGACCUGGACCCCUUCUACUGCAACCAGAAGACCUUCAUAGUAUUGAAUCGUGGGAAGGCAAUCUUCCGUUUCAAUGCCACUUCUGCCUUGUACAUCCUAAACCCCUUCAACCCUCUGAGGAGGAUAGCUAUUAAAGUUUUAGUGCACUCGAUGUUCAGCAUGUUGAUCAUGUUCACCAUCCUGACCAACUGUGCUUUCAUGACCCUGAGUAACCCCCCAGAGUGGGCAAAGAAUGUAGAGUACACAUUCACAGGGAUUUACACCUUCGAGUCCCUGAUUAAGAUCCUGGCCAGGGGAUUUUGUGUGGGGAAGUUCACCUUCCUGCGGGAUCCAUGGAACUGGCUGGACUUCAGCGUCAUCCUCAUGGCGUAUAUAACAGAGUUUGUAAACCUAGGCAAUGUUUCAGCUCUGCGCACAUUCAGAGUUUUGCGAGCUUUGAAAACUAUCUCAGUAAUCCCAGGCCUGAAGACCAUCGUUGGCGCUCUGAUCCAGUCAGUGAAGAAGCUGUCUGACGUGAUGAUCCUCACCGUGUUCUGCCUCAGCGUCUUCGCUCUGAUCGGCCUGCAGCUCUUCAUGGGCAACCUGAGGCAGAAGUGCGUGCGCGUUCCAAACUUCAGCAACGCCAGCAGCGGCAACUCCAGCAUCACGGGCAACGACACGGGCCUGUUCAACACCACGCUGAACUGGACCGAGUUCAUCAGCGAUGAGAGUAAUUACUAUCACCUCCCUGGCCGUAGGGAUGCUCUGCUCUGUGGAAACGGCAGCGGUGCUGGACUCUGUCCAGAGGGCUUUAUGUGUCUGAAAACGGGCCGUAAUCCAGACUAUGGCUACACAAGCUUCGACAGCUUCAGCUGGGCCUUCCUCUCCCUUUUCCGACUCAUGACGCAGGACUUCUGGGAAAACCUCUACCAGCAGACUUUGCGUGCUGCAGGGAAACCCUACAUGAUCUUCUUUGUGCUGGUGAUCUUCCUGGGCUCCUUUUACCUCAUUAACCUGAUCCUGGCUGUGGUAGCAAUGGCUUACGACGAACAGAACCAGGCCACCAUCGAGGAGGCUCAGCAGAAGGAGGAGGAGUUCCAGGCCAUGCUGGAGCAGCUGAAAAGGCAGCAGGAGGAGGCACAGGUUGCCGCGGCAGCAGCCACGGAGAGCGGGGAGUACAGCGGGAGAGGGGGCCCCACCUCCGAGUCCUCCUCGGGGACGUCCAAGCUGAGCUCGAAAAGUGCCAAGGAGCGACGCAACAGGCGGAAGAAGAGGAAGCAGCGUGAGGAGGAGGAGGAGAGGGGCGUGUGCGACAAGUUCCACAAGUCCAUGUCCGAGGACAGCAUCAAGAGGUCCAGCUUCCGCUUCUCCAUCGAUGCCAACCGCCUCUCGUAUGAGAAAAGAUGCUCCUCACCCAACCAGUCUCUCCUCAGCGUCCGCGGUUCCCUCUUCUCACCGCGGAGGAACAGCCGCGCCAGCCUCUUCAGCUUCCGCGGCCGAGCCCGCGACAUGGGGUCCGAGAACGACUUCGCCGACGACGAGCACAGCACCUUCGAGGAGAACGACAGUCGCCGGGGGUCCUUGUUCCUGCCGCGCCGCCUGGAGCGGCGCAGCAGCGCCGUCAGCCAGACCAGCUUGGGGGCGCCACGGAUCGUGCUGCCCGCCAACGGAAAGAUGCACUGCUCCGUAGACUGCAACGGCGUGGUGUCGCUGGUCGGUGGGACACCUGUAACAACCUCACCUGUAGGUCUCCUGCUGCUUGAGGGAACAACAACAGAUACUGAGAUAAAGAAGCGCCGAUCAGGAUUCCUCCAGCCUUCCAUGGACUAUUUAGAUGAACCAGGGGGGCGCCAGAGAGCCAUGAGCGUGGCCAGUAUCCUCACCAACACCAUGGAAGAGCUGGAGGAGUCGAGACAGAAGUGUCCACCCUGCUGGUAUAGAUUCGCCAACACCUGCCUGAUUUGGGACUGUUGUCCGGCAUGGCUGAAAAUCAAAGAGUUUGUCAGCAUGGUGGUUAUGGAUCCCUUCGUGGAUCUAACGAUCACCAUCUGCAUUGUCCUCAACACUCUUUUCAUGGCCAUGGAGCAUUACCCCAUGACCAAAGAGUUUGAUAACCUCCUUUCAAUCGGAAACCUGGUGUUCACAGGGAUCUUCACGGCAGAAAUGUGCUUCAAGAUCAUUGCCCUGGAUCCCUACUAUUACUUUCAGGAGGGCUGGAACAUCUUUGAUGGCAUCAUUGUCAGUCUCAGUCUUAUGGAGCUUGGCUUGGCUAAUGUAGAAGGCCUGUCUGUGCUCAGAUCCUUCAGAUUGCUGAGGGUCUUCAAGCUAGCCAAGUCAUGGCCCACUCUGAACAUGCUGAUCAAGAUCAUCGGUAACUCCGUGGGCGCUCUGGGCAACCUGACGCUGGUGCUGGCCAUCAUCGUGUUCAUCUUCGCCGUGGUGGGCAUGCAGCUGUUCGGCAAGAGCUACAAGGAGUGUGUGUGCAAGAUUUCGGACGACUGCGAGCUGCCGCGCUGGCACAUGCACGAUUUCUUCCACUCCUUCCUCAUUGUGUUCCGGGUGCUGUGCGGGGAGUGGAUCGAGACCAUGUGGGACUGCAUGGAGGUGGCGGGGCAGACGAUGUGCAUCAUCGUCUUCAUGAUGGUCAUGGUGAUCGGAAACCUCGUGGUCCUUAACCUUUUCCUGGCCCUCCUCCUGAGCUCGUUCAGCGCAGACAACCUGGCGGCCACCGACGAGGACAGCGAGAUGAACAACCUCCAGAUCGCCGUCGGCCGCAUCCAGCGGGGCAUCUCCUACGUCAAAACCAAAGCGCGGCAGUUCCUCCAGAGCCUCUGCUUCGACGGAGGCAAGGGUUCCGGCCUGGCCGAGGAGAGCAAACCCCUGGACGACCUGCAAAGCAACGGAAAGGGGAACUGCAUUUCCAACCACACGCCCCUGGAGAUCACCAAAGACCCCAGUGGGGUGUACAUGAUGGAGGGCAACGGGAAGCCAGGGGGGCUGGUGGUUGGGGUAGGCGGAGACGCCACGAGCAAGUACCCAAUGGAAGAAUGCGACUACAUGUCCUUUAUCCACAACCCCAGCCUUACGGUGACCGUGCCCAUCGCUGUGGGCGAGUCGGACUUUGAAAACCUGAACACGGAGGAUUUCAGCAGCGACUCUUCUGACGUGGAGGGCAGCAAAGAGAAGCUCGACGUAGAUCCCCAACCCCUUAGCUCGUCAGAGGGGAGCACAGUGGAUAUUCGACCCCCUGGAGACGGGGCCGAAUCCGUGGAGCUGGAGCCAGAGGAGUCGUUGGACCCUGAGGCCUGCUUUACAGAAGGCUGUGUGAGCAGAUUCCAGUGCUGCCAGGUCAGCGAGGAAGUGGGCUGGUUCAAGAGCUGGUGGACGCUCAGGAAAACCUGCUUUAUCAUUGUGGAGCACAACUGGUUUGAGUCCUUCAUCAUCUUUAUGAUCCUUCUCAGCAGUGGAGCGCUGGCUUUCGAAGAUGUUUACAUUGAGCAGCGGCGGACCAUCAAAACAGUGCUGGAGUACGCAGACAAGGUCUUCACUUACAUCUUCAUCCUGGAAAUGCUGCUGAAGUGGGUGGCAUACGGCUUCGUUAAGUACUUCACCAACGCAUGGUGCUGGCUUGACUUCCUCAUUGUAGAUGUGUCCUUGGUGAGCCUCGUAGCAAAUGCUCUGGGCUACUCUGAGCUCAGCGCCAUCAAAACUCUGAGGACACUGCGAGCCCUCCGGCCCCUGAGGGCCCUGUCUCGGUUUGAGGGCAUGAGGGUUGUGGUGAACGCUCUACUUGGUGCCAUCCCCUCCAUCAUGAACGUGCUCUUGGUUUGCCUCAUCUUCUGGCUGAUCUUCAGCAUCAUGGGCGUCAACCUCUUUGCGGGGAAGUACUACCACUGCGUCAACACCACCACAGACGAGCUCUUCCCCACCAGCGUCGUCAACAACAAGACAGAGUGCCUGAAUUUGGUUAACAACAGCGCCCGCUGGAAGAACGUCAAAAUCAACUUUGACAACGUCGGAGCUGGUUAUCUGGCUCUGCUGCAAGUGGCGACAUUUAAAGGUUGGAUGGACAUCAUGUAUGCUGCUGUGGACUCUAGAAAUUUGGAGGAGCAGCCUGAGUACGAAGUGAACCUGUAUAUGUACCUCUACUUUGUCAUCUUCAUCAUCUUUGGCUCCUUCUUCACUCUAAAUCUGUUUAUUGGUGUCAUCAUCGACAACUUCAACCAGCAGAAAAAAAAGUUUGGAGGUCAAGAUAUCUUCAUGACAGAAGAACAGAAGAAAUACUACAAUGCCAUGAAGAAGUUGGGUUCAAAGAAGCCACAAAAGCCGAUUCCUCGGCCAACAAAUGCAUUUCAAGGCUUUGUGUUUGACUGUGUCACAAAGCAGGCAUUUGACAUUGUAAUCAUGAUCCUCAUCUGCCUUAACAUGGUGACGAUGAUGGUGGAGACGGAUGACCAAACAAAGGAAAUGGACAAAAUCCUUUACUGGAUCAACCUGGUUUUUAUUGUGCUAUUCACCGGGGAGUGUGCGCUCAAAAUGAUUUCUCUGCGACACUUUUACUUCACUGUUGGCUGGAACAUAUUUGACUUUGUGGUAGUGAUUCUUUCAAUUGUAGGUAUGUUUUUAUCCGAAGUUAUCGAGAAGUACUUUGUAUCCCCAACAUUGUUCCGAGUGAUCCGACUCGCCCGGAUAGGCCGCAUCCUCCGCCUUAUAAAAGGUGCCAAGGGCAUCCGGACGCUCCUCUUUGCCUUGAUGAUGUCACUCCCUGCCUUGUUCAACAUUGGCCUUCUUCUUUUCUUGGUUAUGUUUAUCUAUGCUAUCUUCGCGAUGUCCAACUUUGCAUAUGUCAAGAGAGAGUCAGGGAUCGACGACAUGUUCAACUUUGAGACCUUCGGGAACAGCAUGAUCUGCUUGUUCCAGAUCACAACAUCAGCUGGGUGGGACGGCCUGUUGGCGCCCAUACUGAACAAAAGAGAGCCAGACUGUGACAGCAAGAUAGAGCACCCUGGAAACUCCUACAAAGGCAACUGUGGUAACCCUUCAGUAGGCAUCUUUUUCUUCGUCAGCUACAUCAUCAUUUGCUUUCUGAUUGUGGUCAACAUGUAUAUCGCCGUCAUCCUGGAGAACUUCAGCGUGGCCACUGAGGAGAGCGCCGAACCACUGAGCGAGGACGAUUUUGAGAUGUUCUACGAAGUGUGGGAGCGCUUUGAUCCUGAUGCCACUCAGUUUGUGGAGUACAACAAGCUCUCUGACUUUGCGGAUGCCCUCGAUCCACCGCUUCGCAUUCCCAAACCCAACAUGAUCCAGCUCAUAGCCAUGGAUCUGCCAAUGGUGAGCGGCGAACGCAUCCACUGCCUAGACAUCUUGUUCGCUUUCACCAAACGAGUUUUGGGCGAAGGUGGGGAGAUGGACAUGUUGCGUGGACAAAUGGAGGAGCGUUUCAUGGCCUCCAACCCCUCUAAAGUGUCCUAUGAGCCAAUUACCACUACCUUGCGCCGCAAGAAGGAGGAAAUGUCGGCCGUAGUUAUCCAGAGAGCUUUCCGGCGAUACAUGAUCCAACAGGCCAUGAAAAAGGCCUCCGCUCUCUACAAAGAGAAGCUAAAGGAGGGCGUCCGUGACCCAGACAAGGAUGUAAUGGUCAUCAGCAAGUUCAACGAGAACUCCACCUCAGACAAAACAGACAUGACUCCGUCUACCGCCUCCCCACCCUCCUACAACAGUGUGACAAAGUCGAACAAGGACAAAUACGAAAAAGAAACCAGUGAAAAGGAAAACAAAGGGAAAGACUUGAAAGACAGAAAAAAAUAGACUUCUACAAAAUGGAACAAACAAUGCAUCAAUUUAUAUGGGGGAAAUUUGUUUACAGCUUCUAGAGGAGGUAGAUAGAUGUGUGCUUGUCCAUUGAUUGUGUGGAGAUGAGGAUCGCUGUGCCAGGGAGGCCCAGAAUGGGAGCGCUGUUAUAAUAAAUACAGAAAUGUGGGUUCUUCCCAGAGAAGGAAAAUGGAAGAAAGUUAUCCAGCAGACACUGCCAGAGGUUGAGUGGAACAUAGUGCAGCCUCUCUGCAAAACGCUUGUGAUUUCUAUUUUGGUUGUCGUUACUAUCUGACACUUGAGUGUACUGUUAAUUUGUCUGUAGCUAGUGCUGCUGCUACUUCUAUAAAUCCAGUGUCUUGAAUUGAAAAAUUGCUGUAUCACUUAACAAGUUCUCUGCAUUGUCUUUUGUUUCUGUUCAGGAUUUUUUUUUUUUAUGAAAAAGAAUGUUUUCUACUUUAUUUUUGAGAAUGUCUCUACUGCUUUCACUCACGUACAAUCACCAAGGGCAGAAAAAGUUGAUGCUGGAAACUACAACUGUCUGAAACUCGCACAGUGCAGGGUCAGUACCAAAAUGCUCGUGGCUCAUACAGUAUGUGAAACUGGAACAUACCGAUGAAGUGCAAUGAGUGAAUAACUUGUAAUCACUGGUGUCCCAUUGGUGACUGCUAAAAUCACUGUCUAAUGCCAUGUUCCAGUUUCAGUAGGAAAAUCCCUCUCUAAAAACAGAGAAGCUGAAUGUAUGCAAUCUGGAGGAAAAAAGACACAAUUAAAGAAACUUGGGAAAUAUUCUUGGUUGCUUUUUUGCCAAGAUUUUGAUGAUACAAUUGGCACCACUCUUGUGCCUAGGCUAGACUCCGUUUCUAGGUAAGCUAUGUCCAGGAGUGUUCCCAUCUGACGUCUGUCUGGCAGAAUCCAACCUAAAUCAGACUGUUGAUCUGAUCAGAGUGCCUGUUUUUAAUCUAAAUGUAAAAAAAAAAACAACUAAACAAGUCUUUAUGUCAAACUAUGUGUCUGUCCUUAAGAGUAAGUGUUGAUAUUCAUACACCACAAUGUUUUUUUUUUUCUUUUUGUGUCCUUUAGUUUUGUAAUGGUUUCGACUAUGGAUUGUUUUGAGCCAUUCUAAACUCACCGCAAUAAUGGAUUCCCUUCAUUAGCAUAUCUGCUUUAUGGAAACUGUCAGUUGAAUCAUAUUUUCAUACUUUGAGAUUGUCAAAAGGUUCAGUGCUGAAUGUGUAACACUUCUCAUCAUCGGUAUUGUUGUUGUAGUUGUUGUUGAGAAAAGAAGAAGACCACCAUCCACUUUUCUAAACAGUAAAAAGAUACUUUCUAAGAACUGCUAGCUAGUUAGCAAGCUAACCAGCUUGCUAACUAGCUAGCUAGUUUCUAGUACUAGCUACCUUAUCAGCAGUAAGGAACUGCUGAUAAAUGUUUUGUGGCGUUGUUUAGUAUUCGUGUUUCAGACUGUGGCUACAAUCAAGAAUUUUGUCAAAUAUACGGCUCAACCACUUGUGGAUAUAUUUUUAAUGAGUGACAAAUGUUGCUAUUGUCAUUAGCAUAACUGCAUAUCUUGUGGUUUAUAUUACCAUCCAAACUAAAUUUCAUCGGAAACACAUAGAAGAGGUCCUUUUGUCUUCUGAGUAGUGUUCAAAGUGUGAAUGCGGUUUAAAGAUAAAGGGGAGAAAUAGAGAAUAUAUCAAACACACGACAUGCAUGGAUGACUAAAUGUGUGUGAACAUUUAUGGAUUCGUUUGGACCAAAUUAAAUCGGUCGAGAUAUUAUUUUCUGGAGUCAAAUAGCUAUAAUUCCUUACAUUAGAGUAUAAGUAGAUUCUGGGUUGUUCAAGUGGAUACCGAACGUACCCCUGGUGGGCACGGAUUGAUAUUACAUAUUAAAUAUCUUGUGGUUAAAGACCAAUGGUGCAAAAAAAUUAAAGGCAAACUGACCAAUAGCAGCUGAGCUGUGUUUUCCGAAGAUCAUCUUAGUAAAAAUGUCUUGGUUAUUUCAAGCAUUGACCUUUUUUAAAGUUGCUAGAGUUAGCUAGGAAUGUGGUCAACUCCUUGUUAUGCUAUUUCGGAACCAUGUCAUCCCUUCUUCCAUUUUGAACCCUUCAACAAAUAUGCUUGAUCCAUUGUGUAGUCAUCUAUUUUUCUUUCUGCUUAGAUAUUUUUGAAUAAUUAGAAAUUAUAAUAAUGAAAAAGUACAAAUACGACAACUAAUUUAUUUUAAAUGUAUGUUAGUUUCUCAAGAUUUUGUAUCACUCUUCCAUUGAUUUUGGUUUUGGAGACUCUUUGCCUAAGAGAAUCUAAACCAAAACAUUUCUGAUUUCCUGACAGUAGACUCUGUAAAUUAUAUGUAUGUAAAUUAUAAAAAGUUUCUUUAAAUGCUUGAUUGUCAAAGCAGCAAAUUAAAACACGAUUGGUGUGAGACACCCGCUCUUUCGCAGCUCGUUUCGUACCCGGAUAGAAGUUGGGUACAAAAUGGCAAACUGGUGAAAACGGCCCAGCACCUGAGGCAGCUGAGAUGCAAUUUUCUGUUCAUUUAAGAAUGGGUCUUCCUAAUUUAGUUUGCACAUCUUGUUGACAGAGAUUUGGCUUUUUUAUUCUUUUGGCACCUUCUCAUAUGUUGACAAGAAAUACUGAAACAAGACCUCUCAGCAAUAGGUGGAUGCAACUCGUACCAGAUACGUUGACCAGACCUUAAUGGAUAAUAGUAGUUUUUUAUGUACUUCAAAGUAGAACGUAUUUAGUUGUUUUCCCUACAAAAGGUUCCACUGUGUGCCAUUGCAGGAGUGGUAUUAAUAUGUUCAUCUAUCUCUUGGCAGCAAAGUUAAGCGAAUUUCCCCAAAAAUCUGUCUUCUAAGGCAACACUCUGACCUACUCGUUCACCCGCUGUCGUGUUGCAUUCACUGUGCUCCCGUUUAGCCUCCACGGCCCCCCUGCUCUCUACAUCCCACAGAGCUCCUGUAAACAAAAUGUCUUUAAGAAACAAACUAUACAAAGGAAAAAAAAAUGUCUUUCUACCUGCUUUCAAGCUAGAACAUGGCAAUAUAACGCAAUUAAAAGCUGUAAAUCACAAAAUGUUUGUAUGCCAUUCAUGUUGUUUCAAUUGAGAAGCAAGUGGUUUUUAAUGUAGUGGUUUGGUUUGUAAAUAUUAUAGCUAUUUGGGCCCACAGUAUGCAUCACACUUACAUUUGAUGUAAGAGCACUUUUUUAUCCCCACCGCUAUGUAAUUCCACGCGUGGCUGUCGUACAUGUUCGUAUCUGCGCGAGACUUGGCGAGAAUGUCACCGUCCAUCUCUCACUUGAACGAGUGUGUUUGUGUGCAGCCGAUUAUAAAUAACAUUUUUAAUGUAGAUAUGAGUGCACUUUCACGCCUUCACAUUUCAUUUCUGAUUUCUUUUUCUUUUUUAUAAGAUGAUUUUAUUUUAUUUUUUUCUUUUCCUGCACUGUAACACCUGAUGAAACACAUGUUUGGUCUCCAUGUCUGUAGAUAGGAACCAUGAAGCAGUCCGUAGCCAUCUCUCAUUGCGCUUGUAGUGUUCUAGUGAACUGCAUGCAGGAAGUGACUACUCUCCGCUCACAUGAUGAUAUCAUUUUCAAGCCAAAAGAAUAAAGAACAUAUUUUUUGUAAAUCCUUGUUUUAUUUAUUUACUUUUCUCCUUCCUUUUGGAAUUUUUUAAUUUGAGUUCAUCGACGUCCCGGAGUGUGAUGAAAUGCGAUUGCUUUAGAGGUCAGUCAGGGUCAUUAAUGUGAUUCAAUCUCAUGUUACACCUAUGUAUCGAUUUGCAAAAUGUGACAAGUGACUAUUUUUAUUUAUUUUUUAUUUUUAUUUUUAUUUUUUGUUAUAACCAAAGAUGUGGCAACAAAACGCAAAAUCUAGAAUUCCAAAAUAAAACCUAUUUUGGAAAACC